UACACUAAAUAAACAACCGACGAAUCUACUUUUAACCUCCCGACCUCAAUUCAUCAGUCUGGCGUGGUUAAUCUCAGGUCAUUUUUGAGGUUAGGUUUGUGUGGACACUCAAAUUGCCAUGUUGACAUUGCCAGUUAACAUCAAUCAAAUAAAUCAAUUCCAUCUUGAACCGUCGUGAUGAUAAUUCGUCGAAUUUUCGCCACACAGUAGCGACAAAAUGUUUACCGAAUCACCUUGCGUUCGUUAAAAGUGUGGCUCGCCGUGAUGACAUUCAUUAAGUAACAAUGAGCUCCAACUCCGAGAAGAAUGAGAAGAAAAUCGUGAAUUCGUUAUGGUUUAUUUACAUAGUGUCAGUGGCAUCUGCAUGGAACGCAGAACUAAUAACCUACCCCCUGGACCUAGUCAAAACCCGUAUGCAAAUCCAGGGCGAGCUCGCCAACAUCAAAGAAGAAAAACUCAUCAAAGGCCCCUACAGGGGCUUCCUCAAGACCGGCGUGGGCAUCGGCUCCGAAGAGGGCUUCUUCAAGCUAUGGCAAGGCAUCUCAGCCAUCUUCGUGCGCCACCUCAUCUACUCAGGCACCCGCAUCGUCGUCUACAAGUCCCUCAAAGAAAAAUUCUUCGAGGUAGGCAAAAACGACCCCUUCCCCUUCUGGAAGUCCGUCACGUGUGGGAUCUCCGCUGGAGUCAUCUCCCAGUACAUCGCCAGCCCUGCGGACCUCAUCCGCGUGCAGCUACAAAUGGAAGGCAAGCGCCGCCUCAAAGGGCUUCCCCCACGUGUGCACGGCUUCUACGACGCCUACAAGAAGACCGUCGCCGCCGCGGGGUACACGGGGCUGUGGAAGGGAUCGGUUCCGAAUAUCCAGAGGGCCGCUAUGGUCACUCUGGGGGACGUGACCGUGUACGACGUCUCCAAGAGGUUUAUCCUGGAGCACACGUCGCUGCCGGAUAACCAUGUCGUGCACACGAUGGCUAGUGUGUGCGCGGGCUUUGCGGCGGCGGUGCUGGGGACUCCCCCGGAUGUGCUUAAGACGAGGAUUAUGAACCAGCCGCUGGACGAAAAGGGGCGGGGGUUGCUGUAUGCCGGGACGGUCGACUGUGUGAAGAAGACGGUGGUGAACGAGGGCGGUAUGGCCUUGUACAAGGGGUUCGUGCCCAUUUGGAUGAGGCUGGCGCCGUGGUCGCUGGUGUUCUGGUUGACGUACGAGGAGAUCGUGAGGCUGUUGGGGGCGGACCAGUUUUAGGGGAUGGGGUGAUGUGUUAUUUAAUUUAAUAAAUAAUAGAAAUAUGUG